AUGCCCAAGUUCAAGCAACAAAGAAUAAAGCUAAAAGCCAAAGCAAAAAGAUUUUUCAAAAGAAAAGAAGCCUCUCACUUUCAGUCUAAGCUACUUACACCUCCCCCUCCGCCACCGUCACCAGAAAGAGUGGUUAUUCCUUCAACAGAUACACCCCUUAGCAGAAGCUGGCUAAGACCAUCCUGGAACUUCAAAUUUCCCAAUUUUAAAGAUUCAGUAAAACUUCGGACAAAUAGAGUAUGGUCUACAUACAAUUGGUUUCAGAACUGCAUGGCCCGGAGUUUGGAAGUAUUGAAAGACACCAUCUGCCACCAAGAACUUCAUAGUCUAAAACAAUGGUUUCUCAUUUUGGGAAAUGAAUUACGCAAGCUCCAGGAAGCACUGAAGGCCGUCUCAGAAAAUUCUUCCUGUCCAAGCUGUGGUCAGAUGUGUCACAUGCGUGGUAAACUUACAAAUGUGCCUGCAUGUGCUCUAACCACCCCUGGAGACUCCGGGGCUGUACUUCCUGCCUCACUGUCACAGCCAUCCAGUCAUCUUCCUCCGCCCCUGCCUCCGCCUCUGCCUCCACCACUGACAGCACCUUUGCUGCUCAGAAAAUCUGAUCUCACUAAAGCACUUGAGGCUGGACCAUUAAAAAAAAGUGGACCCAUGCAGAUAACAGUUAAAGAUCUACUGACUGUGAAAUUAAAGAAGACACAGAGUUUUGAUGAAAGGAGGAAGCUUGCACCAUCACCAAAGGCACAGAAUCCACUAGUUACUGUCUCUGACCUGCAGUGCGUUUCCCUGAAACGAAAGUCCAAAGUGUUAUCAACUCGAGACAAUGUCUUCAUUACUCCUGGUAAAAGCCAGUUAGAUCUGCGGAAACUACUCAGAAAAGUCGAUGUAGAGAGCAGCCCAGGUGGAACUCCACUUACCAAUAAAGAAAAUAUGGAAACAGGAACUGGGCUGACCCCAGUAAUGACCCAGGCCUUGAAGAGAAAGUUUCAGCUGGCUCACCCUAGAAGCCCAACUCAAACUCUGCCACUUUCUACAAGCAGCUUUGAUGAACAAAAUUGA